AUGAACCCCCGCUUCGGGCUCGACGCCCAAGGCGGCUCACCCCCGGACGCGCCCCUCGGCGGCCAGAUGUACGCCUCCGGGCAGCCCUACAUCCCGCACCACGGCAUGGGCAUCUACGGCCUCGGCCACACCCCGUACAGCGGCUACGGAGGCUACAGCCACCCGCCGUCCUACCCGUAUGCGUACCCGUACCCGUACCCGUACCCAUCCCCCCACGCCCAGUACCCCUACUACCAGCCUAACGGCGCCGGCAACACGUACGGCCGCGACGCGACAGGCCUCCCGGCCCUCGCCGCCUCGAUGCCGGCCGCCAACCUGGCCAACACGUCGGGCGGGCGUCGGCUGCGAGCCGGGCUACAACUACUUUCUUCAGCGCGGCGCACACCAAGAUCCACGUCUUUCAAGACGCCGACGCCGCCGUGGCAGCUGCCGCCGAGCACGGGCGUCGAGUUCCACGCGAGCCACGUCCCGUGA